CGUUACGUUUUUUUGACAGUUUGUGGUCGUCAAAACAAUUUCACAACUUGUUUAUAAUAAUGAUUAUUCUAUCCCUAUUACAUAUUAUAACUUACGAUUGAGCAUGCGAAAUAGUUAAGUUGAGUGUAAACUAUUUAUAUAGAUCUAAUUACAGAAGGAAAAUGGUGAGUGAUAUAGAACGCAGUAGCCAUCGCAGUACAGAGGAACAUGGUGGCAGAAGUCGCGAAAGGCAUCGCAGCGGCAGUCGCAGCAGACACAGCGGGCUCCGCAGUGGCAGCCGCGGCCGGCCACGUAGUCGGAGCCGUGAAAGGCGGCAUAGCCGAGACAGAAUAAAGCGAGACCGCAGCAGGGAGCGGCAUAGGAACCGCAGCAAAGAUCGUCACGCGAGCGAUGACGCUGUCUCCCCGCGGCCUAAUUCCAGAAACAGGGAGAAGUCAAGAGCGCCACAAAAUCGCCGAAACGACUUUGAUCGUGGCAAGAGUUCAUUGAGAGAUUGUAACAGUGGUGGGCUUGGCUCAGGGCUGGGUUUGGCGGGGCCGGGGCCAGGGCCGGGAGCGCGGGGCAGGCACAAGCCACAGGAGGAAGAGUUCCUGGACGCGCGGCGCGAGGAGCGGGAGCGCAUCGGACAAACCGGGGUGUCAUCUGUGUGGGGCAAGUCACCGCUCAGGCCAGACUCUGAUGAGGAGACUUCACAGCCGAGUCAUGGUGACAAAAGUAAAGAAAAGAAAAAAUCUAAAAAGUCUAAAGACAAAGAGGAUACAAAAACUAAACUGAAGAAAUUGAAAAAGAAACUUAAGAAGGUGAAAAAGGCGCGUAAGAAAGCAAAAAAGAAAAAGUCGAAGAGUUCGAGCAGCGACUCCAGCUCAGAGUCCGGCUCCAGCGAAGACGUCUGGGUGGAGAAGGGACAGGCACAACAAAUCGAGAGUGUGUCGAAAUCGUCAAAAGCGAACAGGAAAGAUUCGACGGAGGAGACGGUGGGCCCGGCGGCGCGCGAGGCGGGGGGCGCUGUGGGCGCGGGGGGCGCGCUGGGCCCGCGGGACUUUGGGCGCGCGCUGCUGCCGGGCGAAGGCGCCGCCAUGGCCGCCUUCGUGGCGGAGGGCAAGCGCAUCCCGCGCCGCGGAGAGAUCGGCCUCACCUCCGACGAGAUCGCCUCCUAUGAGGCAGUCGGCUACGUGAUGAGCGGCAGCAGACACCGGCGCAUGGAGGCUGUGCGCAUCCGCAAGGAGAACCAGAUCUACUCCGCGGACGAGAAGCGCGCCCUCGCCGCCUUCAGCAAGGAGGAGCGCGCCAAGCGGGAGAACGCCAUCCUCGCACAGUUCCGCGACGUGCUGCAGGCGCGCGCCCAGCGCCGCGACCACACCUAGCGCCCACGCCCACUCCCG